CUAUAAGUCGCUGAUAGCCUGUGGACUUCCUUUUGUGUGUUGUGCGUGUGUAGCCCGCUAAUUAGAAUGGCAAAGGUUGCGCCGAAAUAGCUUGCUUAUCCAUUAUUGAUAGCGUGAUUUUACCAAGUGGCGCAUACAAAUGAUCCCAGCUUGCUUAGCUGUACUUGCGAGGCGCAGCCGGUAUGGCGAUCAUGCGCUGACGCGCUCGCUGACACCGGCUUUGCUGAGCUCCGCAUCAAUUGAAAUGCAAAGCCAUGAAGAUGUCUUUAGGCAUCGUGUCAUGGAGAGCGCCACGGCGUCAACAUCUGGACACUCAUCGUCUAUUAGCAAGGUCGCGGGCGUGCUCGGUCGCUUAAUAUCGGGACUCCGGCAUUACAGUAGCGCACCUCAGAUCAGCAAUGCCAUGCGCAAGCGCGAGUUGCUGAACGAGGCACGAGCCCUUGUACCGGAGGGCAGCGGGUGGCUGGAGGCCUACACGAGGAACAUCAGCCCUCGCCAGCUUACGUGGCGCCUGGGCAAGCGCGACAGCCUGGCGGCCAUGACAGAGGGCUGGCAGCUGUAUCAGGGCAAGUUCGACACUGUGGCCAUGGCCGCGCUGCUGCGCCGGCUGCGGCACGCGCAGCUGCAGGACCCUGGGUUUGACCCGCUGGCCGCACAGCGCCUGCUGGACGACCUGGUGCCGCGGCUGCGCUCCGUGGGGCUGCGCUUCGGCAAGUUGCGUGACAUCACCGCGUACCUGCACGCUCUGGCCAAGCUGCGCUCCCCCGCCCCCAGCGCCAGCUCCUCGGCAGCUUCUCCGCGAGCUGGUGCCGCUGCUGCUUCCCUGCUGACUCAGCCCGACGCGCUGGUGCUGGACCUGGCGGUGUUCGCCACCCGCAACCGCACCGAGCUGCUGCACGCCAGCCCGCAGCGCCUGGCCACGCUGUUGUGGGCGCUCAUGCGGCUGCUGCCGCCGCAGCUAUACGGCAGCGAGCAGCUGCAGGUCGUACUGGAUCGGAUGGCCCUGGCCUCACUGGGGCGCCUGCAGAACUUCGCGCCGCUGGACCUCCGGUGGGCGGCCCUGGCGUUUGCCACGUUUGGCCCGCACGGCCCCAGCUCGAAGGCGACAGCCACGACCACGGCGGCAGCGGCAGGGACCAGGGCAGCGGCAGGGGCCGGUAGUGGCCCGGCGCUGCCGGAGUGGCCGCGUGUUGUACGGGGGGAGGCGGCCGCUGCGGCGACGGCGGGUGCGCAGGGAGCUGAGGAUGUAACGGCUCGGCGCCAAAGCCGCAACGCGCGUGUCAUCAAGGCGCUGUGUGACGAGCUGGCCGCCCGCAGCGGCAAUCUGGCGCUGCCGCAGCCCGAGCCGCGCGACCUGGCGCUGGCGGCACACGCGCUGGGCCUGGUGGCGGCGGCUAGCAGCAGUGCUGGUGGUGCCGUCGCGCCUCCGGCGCUGCUGGUAAAGGCCGCGGGCGUGGCGGCUCGCUCGCUGCCAGCGCUGAGCGGCGAGGAGGCGGUGGGGCUGGUGGAGACGCUGGCGGUGUGGGGUCUGCGGCAGCCGGCGCUGCUGGAGGCACUGCGGGACGCGGCAGGGCGGUGGGGCGAGGGAGAGCAGGCGGAGGCGCUAAGGGGGCGACUGCAGGCCGCGUACACAAGGCUGGGUGUAGAGCUUUAAGGGUGGAGGCUGCGCUUGCUAGGUAGCAUGGGUACCCUGCGCAGUGGUGGUGAAAUGCUAUGCACAUGGGGAACGUUUGGGCAACGCGUGACACGUAUGGGAAGGGGUGAAUUAGAGCGCGUGCAGACGCGUGGAUGAUGCGCCCCACAGGCAGCGCAGGGCAUUGGAGCGACCGGUAGCUGGGCAGGAUGUGGAAUGGGAAGGCGCCGUUUCGUACGACAGAUACACGGACAUACCGGCAGUCCGGCACACACAGCCGAGCGCCGUAUGACGUAAGGCAGCAUGUCCUGUAAGCGGCGCUUGGAUGGCACCGGAGCAUACACGCAGUGGGGGCAUCGCAGCGGCCGCACGCCUGAGCUGUAACUGCGCUGCUGCGCGCUGGAGCAACUGCUGGCCAAGACGAGACGUUAGGUGUGCAACUGCUGCAGAUCUGAGGCCUUGUCCUGCCUGACACAUGGCAGAUCCAGUGCUCGUAUCUUCCUUCUUUUCGACAGAAAUUUGCCCAAAAAUGCCUCCGGCGGAAGAAAUUUUUGAUUCUUGUGGCCAAAAAUCUGUGGAAACGCUUCAGGUUUGGAGGGGUCUUUCUGAGAUUCGCAGAAUACAUUUUAGGGCGUUUCUGUCACUUGUCCGGGCCCAAGGCAAGGGUGACUGAGGUUCCCCAGGAAACUGUAUCUACGGCCGUGUCCUGCUGGCACCGUGGGGGCACACCAAGAUAGGGCAGCCUUCUACUAAGGGAGUCAUUACGUGGGUGGGUGAGCGUGAUGAGCGUGGGAGAGGGCGCUGGGGUUUCGCGUGGGGAUGGGCCACGUUUUGCCAUGGAGCCAGCUGAAAAAGCACUGGUACUGUGGAAUAUUUUGCUGUGCCGGAGCCGAAACGUGGGCUGGGGGCAACAGCAACCUCACCCUGCACGCUGUGACAGCGGCACAUGCGGUGCGGCGGAAUAUUUUGCUGUGCCGGAGCCGAAACAUGGGCUGGGGGCAACAGCAACCUCACCCCGCAUGCUGUAACAGGGGCACAUC